AACAGGAAUGGAUGGGAAGAAAUUCAGCGUAUGGAUGUUUUUACCUCUUGUAUUUACUUUAUUUACUUCGGCUGGAUUGUGGAUAGUAUACUUUAUAGCUGUGGAAGAUGACAAAAUUUACCCAUUAAAUUCAGCUGAAAGGAAACCUGGUGUGAAGCAUGCACCAUAUAUAAGUAUUGCAGGUGAUCAACCUCCUGCAAGCUGUGUGUUUAGUCAAGUCAUGAACAUGGCAGCUUUCCUAGCUCUUGUGGUAGCUGUUCUGCGCUUCAUACAACUGAAACCAAAGGUUUUAAACCCGUGGCUGAAUAUUAGUGGAUUGGUGGCCCUGUGUCUGUCUUCCUUUGGAAUGACCUUACUUGGUAAUUUUCAGCUCACAAAUGAUGAAGAAAUCCAUAAUGUUGGCACCUCCUUGACCUUCGGAUUUGGCACAUUGACGUGCUGGAUCCAGGCUGCACUGACACUCAAAGUCAACAUCAAGAAUGAAGGACGCAAAGUUGGAAUCCCACGAGUUAUUCUCUCAGCAUUGAUCACUCUCUGUGUGGUCCUCUACUUCAUCCUCAUGGCCCAAGGCAUCCACAUGUACGCAGCCAGGGUCCAGUGGGGCCUGGUCAUGUGCUUCCUGUCCUACUUUGGCACCUUCGCUGUGGAGUUCCGGCAUUACCGUUACGAGAUUGUUUGUUCUGAGUACCAAGAGAAUUUCCUAAGCUUCUCAGAAAGCCUGUCUGAAGCUUCCGAAUAUCAAACUGACCAGGUGUAACCUAUCAGUUUUUCCUUGCUGGUCAGCUGGGUGUGACAGUGGGGGAGGGACCAGGAGGGCACGGCACACCCACUGGACUUGACACGUAACCUCACGACAUAUUUUACACACACACACACACACACACACACACAUUCGUGGCCACAUUUGCCAAAUGAGUUUUUUCAGGGCGAGUUAUUUCUGUAACAAAAAAGCACAAGCCCUUACAUGUCAAAACACACGCUGUUACACUGAAAAUAUAUGCACGACAGAGCAAGAAGUUUGUGUAUGAUCACCAGUUUUUCCCCUCUCUCCCAGUACUCCCUGCUCUUCAUUCUCUUCAUGUUUCACACAUUGCGGUCACCCUACCAUAGGGUAGAGCAGGCCAAAUGCAUCAUGGGAAUAAUGCCAACUCCCGAAGUUGCCUUCAGAUCCCAAGGGCUUGGAACCAGCUCCUGAGGAAGUUCUGAACCUGGCACUAAUACUCUUGAAUGUAUAGUGUGUCGUCUAAUUGGAUGGAAGCUGUACAGAGGUUGACCCUGGGUGACCUGUGGGAACACGUGUUCAAGGAUAGAACUUCCCCACAAAAACUCCAUCACUAUCCAGUGGUUGGCUGUGAGGAUUCAGUGAAAGAGGAACAGGCUAUGAACUGUGAGAGUGAAGCCCACCGCCACGAUUCGGACUUUACUGUGACCAAGAAAUAUUUCCAAAUGUGAACGUGUGUGGUCUGCUCAGCAUGGAACAGGAUGGGGCAGUGAGGGUGUGCUUUCACUGUUGCUUCUAGAGUAUGCUAUCUAUCAUUUUUGUUUUCUAGUUCAUGGCUUGCCUUCUUUUUUUAAAAUAACCACCAAGGAUCUCUUGAGGCUUCAUGGACAGAGAUGUAGGCCAGAAGCAAGAGAUGAGCUUGUUUUGGUUUCAAACAUGAUAAAAGAAAAAGACAAAAAGGUGACCUGCAGGCUUAAUGUGCUGCUUUUAUGUUUGAAGCUAAGACUAUGUUCACAGAAAAGCACAAAGAAACGUGUGGAGGUCAUGAAGGAGCUCCUGCUGGCCAUUUAUUAAAGACAGGAGUUUCCCAGCAUCUUGUCGCAAGUCCAAGUCAGGGGAGAGUUUCUUCCUAUGUGUCUAUAGGUCAAAUUUUGUAUUGGGGGUGGUGGUGAAGGGCUUUUCAGAUUCGGAACUUGUAGAAGCCAAUUAGAAGAUUACCCCCCUCCCCCUACGAAUUGGCACCGCUGUCCCCUAAUGCCUAACAUGUAGCCCCACCUGCUAAGAGUGUGGAACUCAAACUGUAGGCCUGGGCUCUUGAGGCUGUGCUUCAUAGAAAAGAAUAGAAUUAUAAAUUCAACACGUGUUGGAGGUAGGCCACGUGG